AAACAAACAAACAAGGAAACCCUUACAAGUCAUUCAUGGAGCUGUCACUGCAAAAGGUUUGUUCGCUCUGCUGGGACCGACCAAGAGGAACAAAAUUUCUCCUAUGCCCGCCACCACCACCUUUGUUUCCCGCCCCCGCCCCCUUCCGUGCCUUCCUUCUUCUCCUCCUCCGCUUUGCUCUGCUUCUUCCUCGGGCUGCAGAGUAAGGAGGCCGGGCUGGAGAGGAAGUCAAGUGUGUCAUAGCAGGGGAGGAGGGUUUCCACGACUGCUAGUUUUACAGAGGAAAACUCAACCCAAGCACCACAGCACACACACAGCCAGAGAGCGGAAGAACAGAAAGGCAUUCCUCGGGGGAGCAGAGCUCUCAGAGCCGGGAAGCCUCGCUUGGCCGGUACCUCAGUGGCUGGAGAUUCAAGGUCAACAUGGCCAUGCCAGAAAAGUCAAGUUGUGUCAAACCAUCUGAGGAUUGCAGCAAGUUUCCUGAGAUUAUUGAACUCAAUGUAGGUGGCCAGGUAUACAUAACUCGCUACCCUACUCUGAUCAACAUUCCUGGUUCCCGGCUCUGGGAAAUGUUCAGUGUAAAGAACCCUUGCUCUCUGAUCCAGGACAACAAAGGGAGAUUCUUCAUAGAUCGAGAUGGUUUUCUCUUUCGUUAUGUCCUAGACUACAUGAGAGAUCUGCAGGUAGUGCUUCCUGACCACUUUCCAGAGUGUGGCCGGCUCCAUAGGGAAGCAGAAUACUUUAAGUUGCCAGAACUGGCCAAGAUGUUGGCCCUUAAAAUGAACAAGCUCAGCUCAGUUGGCAAUGACUCAUGUCAAAUUGAUCUGGAAGAGCUUUCCCCCAGCAUUGACACCACUUUUAAUUUCUCUUCAACUAAUAGCAUUAAUAUCAGUGGCCCUGAUAAUUCCAUGGUUCUGACAGCUGCCACUGGUUCUGAGCUCAAGAAGGCUGGCUUCAUCACUAUUGGCUAUCGAGGCUCCUAUACUCUGGGCAGGGACAGCCAAACAGACGCCAAAUUCCGCCGUGUGGCCAGAAUCAUGGUGUGUGGUAAGAUCUCAUUAGCCAAAGAAGUGUUCGGCGAUACUCUGAAUGAGAGCAGAGACCCAGACCGCCCUCCUGAGCGAUACACUUCUCGAUACUACCUCAAAUUCACUUUUCUGGAACAAGCCUUCGACAAACUAGCUGAUGCUGGCUUCCACAUGGUAGCAUGCAACUCCACUGGCACCUGCACUGUCACACACGACCAAACAGAUGACAGGAUCUGGACCUCUUACACUGAAUAUGUUUUUUAUCGUGAGUGACACUUAAAAAUCAUCCAGGAAAUACAAACGCCCAAACAGUCUCCCUCCUCUGUUCCCAUACCAACUGUAUCCUUUAGAAACAGGCACACUAGUCCCUCUAGGCUCCUGAGUGUUCUGUAUAAUCUUGGACAAUGCCACUUCUGUCAUCACAGCCACUUGAACCUUUGCUGGUUUUCUUCUUAUUCGUCAUUCCAGUCUGUCUGCAUACCAACCUUCUCUGGCUGUGGAGGGGAUGCCAUACAAUGAAAGGUGUGCAUCAGGAUAGAUAGGAGAAGUGUAUUUCUGGAGUGAAUGCAAUUAAAUAUAACCACAGAGCUAAAAGCGUUGAGAAAUAUUAAGCCAUGGCUUCCAAGCUGUUUCUUAAUAACACACAUUGAACUUGAUUAUGUACCUUGCUACUUGUAAAACUCUGUAUUGCUGAGCGACAGAUUACAGUAGGAAGUGUGCAUGUGCUUUGCAGACAUUUUACCAUGCUGAGUAGAACUUGACAACAGUCCUCUAGGAGGUUCAUAGAAAGGUCGACCAAAAUUACUAAGGACUAAGUUCCAAAAUUACUGAGGACUUUUGAUAGAAACUAGGCAAACAAUUGUAUGACUAUUAUUUCUAAGAAUAAAAGGCUUAGCACUUAAUUUGCUUUCAUGUAAAGAAAAUAGUAAGGAGGCGUAUCAUAGCUAUUACCUCUGUCAUAAACAGCGGUACCAUUAAAAAAAACUGUCUUAAAAUAGCUUUCAUUAGAAUUGAAGGCAAGCAUAUGCAGGGAAGGGAAGGAUGGGCAAAGGGUUGCUUUGUGUAAGUAUAUGCAUAUAUUAGUUAGUUGGCUUUUCACUAGUCAAAUAAUUGGCUGUGCCUAUCAACUGUUCACUUGUUUAUGUUUUUUGACAGGGUGUGAGUGUGUGGUUCGUUUUUCUGGAGGUUGGGAUGGGAGAAGGGGAGAAGAAAGAAGGAAACCAAGGAAAGAACUAAAAAAAAAAAAGAAAACCCUGGAAUUAAUCUUCUGACUCCCUGCUGGUGACUUUUUAACCAAACAGGUAGAAAG